CUUUUUCACACAAACACAUACUAACCGAUUCAGAUGUGCUGCGCGCAUAUUGAACGAAUUUGUAGCACAAUUUCCUAGCGAAAGAAAAUUUUCAAGUUUGCAAACGUUUAUUUACUUUCGCUUGAACUCGAGUUGAACGCACCCAGCAUAAUUGAAAAGCAAAGAAAAAAAUGUGGAAGCAGAGUUUCUUAUUGAUCGCCUUUAUCUCCACAUCAUUUUGUGUUUCGAGAGUUGUCUCCACCGCCCAUAAAGCUUACAUGCGAGGCAGCAGCGAUGACAACAGCAAUCCGUUUGUGGCAGCGCGACAAAGACUCAAGCAACAACAACAAAAGCAAUUCCAACAGCCGCAAUACAUACAACUCAAAAACAAUUAUUUUGACGAUGAUGACAACAAUAAAAACAACAACAUGGAAUACAAUUCUUACAUACAACAACGACUACAGAACGGACUCGUAAGCUUUGGAGGGCCGAAUAAUAGAGAAAACACUUCUGGAAAGCGGAGCGGAGCACAAGAGAACGAGUCAGAGCAGCCGACAAGGACGCAGAAGUCGGAUUUCAAUGAAAUAUUCAGCGAGUAUCAGAAUGGCGCGCAAGCACAGAAGAGCAAGGGCAUUAAGAGUGAUUUGCAUGUCGAUUAUGAGGUGUCUCCAGGCGAGUCACAGCACAGCAGCAAGCAAAUGCAAAAUGAAAUUUCCAAGAUCUUUCAACAAUCCGGCAUUUUACGUCGCUCGUCCGCCUUACCCACGGAUCAGAGCACGCCCGAGAGUGCAGAUGAAGAAGAACUCGACUUGGACCUACCUUAUGGCAUACAAAAUGUACGCAAGCGCAUCGCCCGUCACAAGCCGGAUCAUUCGAAAGCUAUCACCUACCAAUCACUGUGUCCUACAAAACGUAUCGCCAUACCGCUAGAGACAACCGGCUAUGAAUAUCGUCCCAGUCACUACAUCGAAGUAACAUGCGCACACUAUACGCCUGCGCAUAAUUUUGAGUUCAGGAAGAAUCGGAUUUGUUCAGAAGCUGGCUUCUCUUGCAUCCAACUGAAUCGCACCAUACAUCUGAUUAGACGCAACAAGGCUUCGACUGACGAGUGUUGGGAAUCGGAAAUACGUAUUGUACCCUCGGGCUGUGAGUGCAUGUGGCCGAAGCAUGACAAUGGCGAUAUUGCUGCAUAUCAUGAGGCGCAGAAACGUUUCGGCGCUUAUGCGAAUGUGCAUGCAAAUGCCGAUUACGAACAGGGCGAAGGUUAUCGCCAGAUACAACCACAACAAUCCGAAUUAUUUGGUAUAAAUGGACUACGUCGUAACGAGAAUGAGGAUGGCGUUGGCUUUGAAGCCUUCGAAUACAAUUGAGUUAUUUUAUAUCGUUGACGAACUAUUUCACUGUUGGCAAUGCUGAUGGGUAAUAAUGUGUAGAAUGAAAACGGCUAAUCCGGCUAAGAGAGGCUUGAGAAGAGAAUUUACUAUAGCAAGAAGCUUGCAAAAACUAGCAUUUAGAUUAAGUUGGCAAUAAAAAUAAAAUAAUAAAAAAUCUAUUUAUUUAUAUACAUAUAUACACAUGUA